AAUUUUUGGUUAAAGAAUAUAUUUCGUUAGAUUAGUAGCCUCAUACAAAAACUUAACAUUUUUUCAGUGUGAAAGGGUUGCACGUUCCGUUUCUUUUUCUCUCACUUUACUCCUUCCAGUGUCAUCAAUACAUCUUCCUUCUGCUUCUUAACAGUAAGCCCACCAAACUCCUCCUUCCCAUUUCCUUCUCCAAAAAUGGCCGACGAAAUCCCCAUACCACCACCACCAUCAGACCAAGCGCCGCCGCCAGGGCCUCCUGCCGCUUCCGAGGCUGAAUCACAGGCUUUGACGGUAGCAGAGUCUAAAGAAGACGCGCCCCCACCACCACCGCUGCCAGAAGUGGCAGAGUCUGGGAAAGAAGAGGCACUUGCACUACCACCAGUGGCGGCGGCAGCGGUGGAAGAGGCGGAUAAAAAGCAGAUUCCUCCAUCUUUGAUUUCGUUCAAGGAGGAGAGUAACGUAGUGGCCGAUCUCUCAGAUUCAGAGAGGAAAGCUCUUCAAGAACUGAAGCAGCUCGUCCAGGAAGCUCUCAACACUCACCAGUUCACGUCCCCAAAAACUAAACCGCAACCAGCACAGGUUUCCGAAUCGGAAUCAGAACCAAAACCAACUCAUGAACCCAAAAUGGAAGAGCAGCCACUGAUCGAAGCAGAGGAAUUAGCUAAAGAAACAACAGUACCGGGGGUGGAGGCGGCGGAGGAAGUUUCCAUUUGGGGAGUCCCUCUUCUCAAGGACGAGAGGAGCGAUGUCAUUCUUCUCAAGUUCCUGAGGGCGAGGGACUUGAAGGUGAAGGAUGCCUUUGUCAUGCUCCGCAACACCAUUCAAUGGCGGAAAGAGUUCGGGAUCGGCGCUCUUGUGGAGGAGGAUCUCGGUGAUGAUUUGGAGAAGGUGGUGUUUGUUCAUGGGUACGAUAGGGACGGUCACCCUGUGUGUUACAAUGUGUUCGGGGAGUUUCAGAACAAAGAAUUGUACCAAAAAACAUUCUCGGAUGAGGAAAAGCGAACCAAGUUUCUCCGGUGGCGGGUUCAGUUCUUGGAGAAGGGUAUUCGAAAGCUUGAUCUCACUCCUGCUGGUAUUUCUAGUAUUUUUCAGGUCAAUGAUCUCAAGAAUUCACCUGGACCCGCAAAGAAGGAACUUCGAUUGGCCACCAAACAGGCCCUUCACUUGCUCCAGGACAAUUAUCCCGAAUUCGUAGCCAAACAGGUGUUUAUCAAUGCUCCUUGGUGGUAUCUUGCAUUCUACACCAUGAUCAGUCCGUUCUUGACGCCGAGGACGAAAAGCAAGUUUGUUGUUGCAAGCCCAGCCAAAACCGCAGAAACCCUUUUCAAGUACAUCUCUCCUGAGCAUGUUCCGAUUCAGUAUGGUGGCUUGAGUGUCGAUUACUGUGACUGCAACCCCGAGUUUACCAUUGCGGAUCCAGUUGCUGAUGUUACAAUUAAACCUGCAACAAAACAAACUGUGGAAAUCAUAAUAUAUGAGAAGUGCACCAUUGUGUGGGAGCUCCGUGUGGUCGGAUGGGAGGUGAGCUAUGGGGCUGAGUUUGUGCCCGAGGCCGAAAAUGGAUACACAAUCAUCAUACAGAAAGCCACAAAGAUGAGCCCAACCGAUGAACCGGUGGUGAGUAACAGCUUCAAAGUUGGCGAACUGGGUAAAAUACUACUCAAGAUUGACAACCCAACCUCGAAAAAGAAAAGGCUUCUGUACAGGUUCAAGAUCGAACCCCUCGAUUACUCAGGAAUUUAAAUGAGGCUGCAGCACUUUAAACAUAUGUUAUGCAAUGUGCACUUUGGGCAGGCUGCAUCAUACUUGUUUUUAUUCCUUUUAAAAAAAGGGACUAGUUGAUGGCUUCGCCGCGCCAGUCCACUUUUCUUAGGGCCGGAAAAACUCAUAGUGGCAUUUUAUCCUCCCCUGACAGCAUACUUGUUUAUCAUCAUCCUUUUUGUGUUGUAUUUUGUAAAUUGGGUUUUCUAGUUACUAAAAUUUAUUUUUUCCUUGUAAUUUUGGGUAGCUUCUAUAUUCUAGUUUAUGUUUUUCUGUUUAGAGUUGAACACUCGGAAACAAAAAUUAUAAUUAUAUUGGGAAGAAGGCCAACAAAUUUGAGAAAAUGUACUGCUUUGGUAA